AUGGCCGGAUACAACGCUUUAUCUACAAUUUCUAAUAAUGAAAUAUUUAAACAAUUUGUUCAUGCAACAAUCGAUGAUUUAGUAAAAAAAAAUUGUAUAACCUACAAUACAUUUUACAAUGAAAUAGAAUGGACAAAACAAGAUUACCUAUUAGCUGUAAAAACAUUACAAGACUUGUUUCAAAAUGCAGCAUUAAAAUCUGAUUUUAAUUUAGCUGAAGAAAUUGACGAUCUGUUAGAUUUAUCAAAACAAGAAUGUAUUGUAAAAUGUUUUAAUGUUAGAGAACAAGAAAUUUUUAAUUAUUUAAUAGAACUAAAAUAUUCUGCGGAAGCUCAAUUGAUGACUGACUUUGAUUGGAGAGUAAAAUUAGUCAUGGGAAGUGCUAAAUUAUCAAACUUUGUUGAACCAUUGGUUCAAUUAAAUUUACAAACUUGUGAAAGCAAUCAUAAUGAAACAAAUUAUAGAAAUAUUAAUAUGGAAAUGAAUAAAACGGAACUAGAGGAGUUAAUUACGGCAUUACAAUCUGGAAUUAACGCUUCGUGAAAAUUUCGAAAUAAAUU